AUGGCGGCUUCAUGGAUUAUUGACCUCGAGGGGGAGGCGAUCGGCGGAUCUCCGGGCCGGUGCCGAAUGGGAACCACCGGUCCAGCUCAUCUUGACCGUCUCCUACCAACUGACAUCAGCAAUUCCCACGCGUCGUCAACUCUCCGCCGCUCUGUCAAAGGGGCAGGAGCCUUAAACGAACUGUCCUUGUUCAAAGACUGGCAGUGCCUGUACAUCGCCCAGUCCAGCAUCGGUAGCACUGAAAGUUGCGGUCGCAACAAUGUCCCCGAUGAUUGA